AUGGUUAAUUUACAGGCAUCAGUACCUAUCCGCUCAGGUAUCAAUGAACAAAACGCCCCCAGGACCGCCCACGAACCUUCUGUGCUCCCGGUCGUUAUACCUCCUAAUACAAUUAGACCACUAGCUUUUCGAACACUUUCAAAGAAACACAACCUAGCAUUUACAUCAUCUACCUUACAAGCGCUUGCAGCCUUCAUAGGCAAGUCCUGCGGCUCGAGAUGGCGCCAGGAAGGACUUGCAGACCUGGUACUCGAUGAAGUGGCCAAGUUGUGGAAACAAUCCGGAGGCGGUUCGAUAGUAGAGGAUAGUACAAAACUACCGUUGAAGACCAUUUUAGCUGAGCUGGAAACGUACAUGGUCGGAGGCAGAGUCCAACAUGAUCGAAAGACGGCCAAAAGGGCAAUAGACACAGCCAUACCCCAGAGGAAGCGAGAACAAAUUACGCUCAGUCGAAGCGACUCCCCUGUUCAAACGGCCAAUAAAGAUGUUUCUGUACCUCAGGAAACUGAACCUGACGGCUCUGAGCCUGCCGAACCCCCAGAAGAUACCCCAAAUAAUCGUGCCAGGAAACGAGUCAAGAUCGUCAGCGCAUUUGAACAGCAGCGCUUAACAUAUAACAUGAACAAGAGGCAGUUUGAACCACCACAUGGGCAUCCAUCCCUCUUUCCCCCUGCCAGCAACCGGGUGAGUCUCUUUAGGGAUCGCUAUUAUCGCGUUCACCAGCGCCUACUACGAAACGAAACUUUUCAAACUUCAACGCUGCCCACUUCCUUUAGUGAAGCAAAUACAGCUACUCCGUCAAAUCUGCCGUAUAAAAUUACCUCAAUUACAAGCUUACAGGGAAGAGGAAGCACAAACCACUUACUUCUAGGCUUAUUUUCGGUCUCCCCUGGAGGAGGAUACAAUUUAUCUGACCCUUCAGGAACUGUGGCUAUAGAUAUGACACAUGCCAAAGGUAUCCCAGCUAACGGUGCCUGGUUUGUGCCCGGAAUGAUUCUGUUGGUUGAUGGAAUUUACGAAGACGAGGAUGAAGACACAGUGGCUCGAGGUGCUGGAGCAAUUGGCGGAAAGUUCAUUGCCAUAUCUGUUGGAGGCCCGCCAUGUGAGCGAAGGGAGGUUUCCCUGGGCAUUGACAAUCAGAGCCGUGGUUGGAACACGAUGCCACCGACAGACUCUGCAGCCGACCCGAUGAGUGCUGGGACAGAGUCGAAUCAGCCAGAAUGCAUGAAUAUAAAUUCCAUAUCACGUCAGCCCCAGGAGAAGCAGCGUAUGGUAAUCAUGGGAGAAGUAAAUCUGGAUAAUCCAAAGACACUUCAAGCACUUUCCAUGGUUCUAGGCCAGUACGAUGCUGCAUCUGAUAACCAACUUCCUUCGCUAUUCGUCUUGAUAGGCAAUUUCGUCCAUGACGCAGCGAUCGGGGCGGGAAAUUGUGGGAGCAUUGAAUAUAAAGAAUUCUUCGAUAGUCUUGCUUCAGUGUUGAUGCAAUUCCCUAAUCUCCUUCGAAAUUCAACUUUUGUGUUUGUACCUGGCGAAAACGACCCUUGGGCUUCCUCCUUUUCCCCUGGCGCAACCGCAUGUAUCCCAAGACCAUUGAUACCAGAAUUGUUUAGAUCUAGGGUUCGCCGGGUGUUCCAAUCCGCUUACAGCCAGGACCAUUCCAUUUCGUCUCGUCAAAUAGAUGAAUCCGCAAUCUGGUCCUCGAACCCUACGCGAAUAUCCGUUGAUGAACCAAAUGCUUCCGAAAUAGUCAUCUUCAGGGAUGAUAUUUCCGGCAGGCUACGGCGCAACGCACUAGUUAUGAAGGAUGACAAGGGAAAAAAGCUAUCUCCUUUACAGGCUGAUACCAGAACUCUUAGCCAGGAUACCACUGUCGCCGACCCUGAAGAAAACGUCCCUACAGAAAUAAACAAAGACCAACAAGACGUAGUAGAUCCAAGCUUAGUUGCAGCUCGGAAACUCGUCAAAUCCAUACUCGACCAAGGGUACCUCAGUCCAUUCCCGCCCACUGUACGCCCAAUUUUAUGGGAUUACGCGUCUGCAUUGCAUUUGUAUCCCCUCCCAACCGCUCUUGUGAUGGCCGAUCCGGAAGCAGAUCCAUUUACUGUCACAUAUGAAGGCUGUCAUGCUAUGAAUCCUGGUCGUUUUGUGGUUGAAGGAAGUAGUGAUACUGCAAGGUGGAUAGAAUACAACAUGGCUACAAGAAAGGGGUGCAUAAAGGAAGAGCUUCUCUAG